AUGAUUGAAAAUAAUAAAGAAAUUACACUUGAUAUAAUCAAACUAUUACCAAAAGCUGAACUUCAUAGACAUUUAGAUGGUUCAAUUAGAAUUUCAACAUUAUUAGAAUUAGCCAAAGAACAAAAUGUUGAAUUACCAACCUAUGAUCAAAAUGAAUUGGCAAAAUUAAUUCAUAAAGAUGAGAAUUGUAGUGGUUUAGUAAACUUUUUAGAAGCUUUCCAAUAUACUUGUUCUGUUUUACAACAUGCAUAUGCUAUCACAAGAGUAUUUUAUGAAAUGUGUGAAGAUGCUGUUGCAGAUGGAGUUAGCUAUUUAGAAAUUCGUUUCUCUCCAGUACUUCAUACAAGUUUUGGAUUAAGUUUAUCAGAAGUUAUGGAAGCAGUUUGUGAUGGUAUGGCCAUAGCAGAGUUAAAUCUUCCAAUAAAAGCUAGAAUUAUUGUUUGUGGUUUACGUCAUUUAGAUCCAUCAAUUUCCAAAGAUUUAGCUGAAAUCACUUGGCGUUAUAGACAUAAAGGUGCAAUUGCAUUUGAUUUAGCAGGACCAGAAGACGGAUUUUCAAGUAAACAUCAUAAAGAAGCAUUUUCAAUUAUAAGAAAUAAAGGUAUUAAUUGUACAUUACAUAGUGGUGAAGAUUCAAAUUGGACAAGUGUUGCAGAUUCAAUUCAUCAUUGUGGAGCACAUCGUAUUGGUCAUGGUAUUGCAAUUCAACAGAAUGAAGAAUUAUUAAAUCAUGUUGUUAAUAGAAGAAUUCCAAUUGAAUGUUGUAUUACAAGUAAUUAUCAAAUCAAAGCCAUUAGUAAUGCUAGUGAACAUCCAAUUCGUAAAUAUUUCGAUAGUGGUGCUAUUGUAUCAAUUUGUUGUGACAAUUGUACAAUGAGUAAUAUUACAUUAUCUGGUGAAUAUAAAUUAGCGAUUGAUACAUUUAAUUUUAAAGUUGAGGAAGUGAUACGUUUAAUUGAUUAUUCAUUCGCUUCAUCAUUUAUUGAUCCACCAUUGAAAAUUAAUAUUCGUAGAGAAAGUUUUAAAAAAGCAUUAAAGAUAUUCCAAACCAAUGGUUAUGACAUUAGUGGAGUUAUUGAAAAUAAAUUUUACUAUUUCGAAGAGAUUGGAUUGGAUGUAGAAUUGGAAAUUCAAAAUAAUCUUGCAAAUAAUUUUUCAUUGGGUAAAAAUGUAAUUAGAAAUUAUCCACAAAUUACAUUGGAACUUUUAGAAAAUCUUCCAAAAUCAGAUUUACAUUGUAGAUUCGAUGGUGGUGUUUCAAUUGAACAAAUUUGGAAUGAAGUUCAAUUAUUGGGAAUUGAUAAAUGUGAAAAGAGUAAACAGGAAUUUUUAAAGAAAUUAUCAUCAAAACAUUUAGCUUGCUAUGCAAACUUUAAAGAUUUCAAAGAGUUUAAAUCAUUAAUUCAAUCAUCAUCUCAUACACCUCAAACUAUUCGUCUCUCAAAAGAAAUCAUUAAUUUAUUAUUACAAACACCUGAACAAAUUAAUAGAGCAUUCGAUGAUAUCAUUAAAGUUGCCCUAAAGGACAAAGUUCAAUAUUUAGAAUUAAUGAUUCGUCCAAAUUCUCACUCUAGAAACGGGUUAACUAAAGAGCAAGUCUUGGCAUUAAUCAUUGAAAAUAAGGACAAAUGGGAAAAAAGCUCAAGCAUUAAAAUUGGUUUAGUGGUUUUCUCUUCUUCAACCUCUGAUGAUCCAAUUGAAACUUUAGAUUCUGCUAGAUUAGCAAUUGCAAAUAGAAAUUCAGGUGUUAUUGGUUUUGGUAUUUUCGGUGCUGAUCCAAUCUCUCCAACUGAAUCUCGUCACUUUUCUCAAACUUUUUCAUUAUUAAAAGAAAAUAAUUUCAAUUUAGUACAAUUCGCUGGUAAAUCCGAUGUUGAAUCACUCAUUAGUACAAUUCAUUGCUCUGGUUCAACAAGAUUAUCAGGUGCUUUCCAAUCUCAUAAAAUUCCACGUUUAAUGUCUUAUUUAGGUAAUUAUUCAAUCCCUGUUGAAAUUUCAUUAACUGAAAAAUUAAAAUCCUUUACAAGUGACGAUCUCUCAUUUACAACACCCAUUAGACAUUUACUCGAUGGUAAAUGUCCAGUUGUAAUUUGUUCAUUCCGUUCAUCUCUUUACCCAUAUUCACGUAGUAAAAUGUACUAUAAAAUUGUAAAGAAUGCAAAAUUAGAUUUUAAACAAGUCGUUCGUUUAUUAAAAAAUCCAUUUGCUUAUAAUUUCCAAUCUCAUCAACAAAGAAUCGAAUUGGUUCAACAAUUUAAUAAAUUAUCAAAAGAAUAUUUAAAUUCUGUUAAUAUUAAUUAUUCAAAUAUUAUAAUUUAA